GUUGUUGUCUUUGGAAAUGUUAUUGGACCAUUAAUAUUACUGCUGCUGAAAUUGUGUGUGCGACGUGUCUCGACGAAGGAAAAAAAUCUGCACUGCUUGGAUUGCUAAUUUGAAACAGUUCUACUUGAGUAUGAAUAAGUUCCUUACUCUGUAUAUGUCCUUUGAAGUUUCCUUUUUUGUUGGAGUAAUAUUUCUGAGCAAAUAUUUCCUUCUUGAAUCUCUGACUCUGGAGUUUUUAAUGUCUUGCAAUUGGCUUCCCAUAUUGAUUGUCUGCAAGAUAAACAAAAAAUUCUUCAUUUUGACUGUUAUACUUGUAGUGACAGUUUUUGUUUGGAUUAGGGAUGUUCAAAUAUUUAUGGGGGUAAAGGUUUUGACAUGCUAUUAGUUCAUGUUUUAACUUAUAAACCAGCUGGGAGCUCUAUCAUUUUCCUUUCACAGGUUCAACCUCGAUGGAUUCGUGUCCUUGUAUUUUGCUUCAAGUAUCCAGGAAUUUGCAGUGUUUUGGAAAAGCUUGAAAGUCCUGUCUCUUCUGUUGUUAAAAGCAUAUUUACUGAAAAAUUGAAGCAAGCAAGGGCAACCUUGGGAUUUAGCAGAGAUCAAUGGUGGCUUCUUGAUGCUGCCUGGAACAGGACUCUGGUUUUAGUCACAGAACUGGGACUUGAAGGGUUGGGUCCUGAAGCCAUGGCGGUGGUGGUUGAUUCUACUUCUUGAGGCCUCAACUCUUGAGAAUUUGCGGCAACAUGAUUAUAGGUGAAUCAAUUGAAGUGUGUAUGCGAGUCAUUGACAGAGGUUGAAUAGUAACUUCUAUAAAAUUUAAUUUAAAUCUUGCACCUCAAAAGUUCUCUCAAGUAUUCAUUUGAAGUUGAGAAGAAUAAGCAGAAGAUUGAUAAUGAGCAUUCUUGUGUAGAGAACGUUUAAAUUAGACAACAAAUUCUCUGAAUAAGUUAUAAGUUGAUUUUUCAGUAAAAAAUUGUCUAAAAUGAUUUGUUAAGUUGUUUCCUUAGUGAAAUCAGAUUAUAGAAUGAAAGUUGCACAUGAA